CUCUGUCUCCAAACUCGUUCAACUUCCCUGACGCGACACCUUCGUGAGAAAUCAAAUCAACAUGUCCCAUUACCAGGAGCUUCUCAAAUGUUCAACGCCCUCUACUCCAGAACUCUCGACCUCGUCGGAGACUACGCAGGCGAUGAGCUGUUCAUCAUCGAAGGCGAUUCCCUUCUACUACACUGCCUCUCAGAGGAUCAACUUGACUUCUCUCCCGGCUUCCAACUUCUCCAUGCGACAUACCUGGUUGAGAGAUUUCUCGCACAGCUCUAUCAACGAAAAUGCAACUUCCACAUUGUUUUCUUCGCCCAGCAUGCUGAAGCCUGCGUGCCUCCUCAUGCAGCUGCAGAUGACAAAUCGAAGUACUUGCUGGCCCGUGAAGCUAUCUUACAGCAUCUGACCGAGCAUUUGCCUCGAGUGGCUUCAUCUAUCCAGGUGCGGUCGUUUGAUGCGUAUGAGUGUUCGGACUUCCGCGGUUAUCUUUCUUCGGUCGGGGCUUACUUUUUGAUGUGCCACGACGGAGCUUUUUCGGGACUUCAGCCCCUCAAGGACGAAAGCAGUGAGGACGAGGACGAGGAUGAGGGUGAAGAAUACUAUGUCUCACCGGGUGAGCCGAUCGUCGAUGUUGCUUCGCCAAUCCGGCAUACCAGCAUUUUACUCCGGAAGAUGAUUCUUUGGUUUGUCUCGAACGGGUACAACAUAGCGCUUAUCAGCAUGCUUGAGUGUCGUGAUACAAAGGUCAUGGCAACGAUUUUGGAGGGAUCGGCGCGCGCCGCAAGACAAGUUUACAGCACUGUUGAGGAUGAACCUCUGGAUGUUAGGCAUCCUUCGGCGGCAUACACCCGUCAAUCCGAAAACCUCGUCACUGCCGGAAAUAUCAGCCCUGCAUCAUCAAUUUUAAAAAUUCCAUCUGACAAUCCGUCGUCCAAAAGUCCCAAGCUUUACGCCGUUCUGGAUGAGGUCUCGGAUGCUCUUGUGGGUAUCCUGAAGGAAACCGACCUUCAUUUGAGUCAGCGAGAGCUAGCUGUGGCGCUUACAAUAAGCGCCAUGUUAAAGUCUACGCGUUCUAGUGGCGAUGACAUUAUUCCAACUCGAGCGAUGAUACUGCAUAUCGCCAUGAUAUCUGAGUGCCGAAUUGAUAAGAGAUCUACCAGCACUACGAGCUCGUCGCGUGGACUUUUGUUUCUUCGACGCUUUGUGAAAAUACUAUUCCAAACCAUGAGAUCACCGUCGUGGCAACGCCUUAUUCGCAGCAAGUCAACUGUCUGCGAUGUAGCUGACAUGCUGGAUGGAAGGCUUUUUCUGCAGACAUUUGACUUCCUGGCACAUUGCAAUGAACCUUCCAACAUCAGUGCGUCUGUCGUCGGCCGAUGUGAUGAACUAGCUUCUCUUGUAAAGCGCAUUUGUGAUGUCAACCUUAAGUACGAGCUCCCCGUCGACGCUCUCAGUCCUGACAACAGAAGCCAAGAGAGCUCGCUUUGGAGCGAUAACGGAGUUGCGAGCCAGAGCCUAUCUCUCAAAAAUAUCACAGGCAACUUGGAUGACCUAUCCACUGUUCUCCCUUUCAGCAACCCCAUCAUGAACCCCCAUUUGGACCCAAUAUCUCUUGCAGUUGACAAAUCUUCCGAAAGCGAACUGGAUUCAGGCACGCCAAGAACUUUCCAGGAGUUGAGUCACUGGCACAACCACAAAAGGCCCCUGGACAAUAAGACUAAGGCUCCAAUGUCGGCAAGACAACUUGCUUUUAUGUAUCGUCGCGACCAAUGGUUUAUGGCCGAGAUCAGAAACUAUGCGGAAAGCCUCACAAACCCCACAGGCGGGAUACUGCAGCCGGAGUCCGUCUUUCUCAAAACCAUGCAGGCGAGGAAUGAGAACCCUUCCAAAAACACAUCCGCACACUUGUCUCAGAAGCAGGCAUCAAUCAAGAAGGUCUCUACACAGCGACUGGGCAAAUCCAAAUCAGGAGGGCCAGCUUCUAGAGCCCAGGCUGAAGCCUACCACCAAACAAAACAGGCUAAGACCCAUGAGAAAUACUUCAAUGCUUGGAAAUCCAGCCUCGCUACAUUUGAGAAGGAAUCCAAUUACACCAAGCGCUACCUGAAAGUAACCCUGUACCUGAAAAGCCUGUCCAUGGAAAAGCGAAAGGUCGUCGAACCCGAGGUUCUGACUUACAUCAUUCACAUCCUAGUCAAUCUGUGGAUAGGUGAAUGUAACGCAAACCGGAAAGCCAAUUCGCUGCAUAUUGUGGCGCUCAUCUGGCAUACCGUUCUUCAAAUCCGAAACAGGCAAGAUGUCACUGAAAUCAUCGCAAAAUGUGUCAACGAUACCAUCAAGGCGUUGCGUCUUCCAGCCAUCGAUGUUCAAUCCGAUUUUCAACGGUCCCUUUCUUUCUCAUUUGUGUCCCUCUCUUCUCAAAAACGGAAUUUGAGCAUUGGAAUAUCCCCGACUGAGUUCCAGCUAACUCAUGCCGGCCCAUACCUGGACCGCAGUAUGGGUUCUGCGCCUGACCCUCGUGUUCACGAGUUUGAGCCGGAUCAGUGGCAACGAGAGAUCCUUGAUCAGAUCGACGCGAGAAAGAGCCUGUUUGUGGUGGCCCCGACUAGUGCAGGAAAGACUUUCAUAUCGUUUUAUGCAAUGAAGCAGGUUCUCGAGGAGAGUGACGAGGGAGUCCUAGUUUACGUCGCUCCCACCAAAGCUCUUGUCAACCAAAUUGCUGCCGAGGUUCAGGCGAGAUUCUCAAAAACGUUUUCUCACGGGGCAGGAAAAUCUGUCUGGGCAAUUCAUACUCGUGAUUACCGGAUCAACAACUGUACAGGUUGCCAGAUCCUGAUUACUGUGCCGCAUAUUCUUCAGAUUAUGCUGCUUUCGCCAUCGAAUGCAAAGACAUGGUCAUCGCGGGUAAAACGUAUCAUCUUCGAUGAAAUCCACUCUAUUGGCCAAGCAGACGAUGGUGUCGUCUGGGAACAAUUACUCCUUCUCGCUCCUUGCCCGAUCAUUGCAUUAUCUGCAACCGUUGGCAACCCGCAGGCUUUCAGUAAUUGGUUAAGUCUCACUCAAAAGGCAAACGAAAACGAACUCAAGAUGAUUGAACACAAAACUCGCUAUUCGGAUUUGAGAAAAUACGUCUACAACCCGCCCUCUGAAUUUCUUUUCAAUGGCCUAUCUGCGCCCACCCACCUGGCCUCGCUCGGCCUUGAUGAUAGCCCGCAUAUGAUUUUCAUGCACCCAGUCGCAAGUUUGAUCGAUCGGUCGAGAGGAAUGCCCGAUGACUUGACGCUGGAGCCACGGGACUGCUUGGCGUUGUGGAAUAGUAUGGAGAAGCACAAGACAGAAGACUUUCCACUUGAUGACGCUCUUCGUCCCUCAGUUGCUUUGCCGAACUUUGCAGCAAAAGCUGAUGUCAUUCGGUGGGAAGCAAGUCUCAAAGCAACACUGACUAGCUGGAUGAAAGAUUCUGAAUCGCCUUUCGACAGAGUUCUUAAUGAGCUUUCAAUAAAUCUACACAACAGCAUUCGGUCGCCGCUCCAGAAAUCCUCUACCAAAACCCAAGACUCAGGCACCGCUCGUACAGUGAGGGCCAGUAGCCUCCUCGAUAGCACUCUUCCACUCAUCUGCUCUUUACAUGAUCAAGGCGCCCUUCCGGCGAUCUUUUUCAACUACGACCGGAGCUGGUGCGAGAAAUUGUGCAAGCACAUUCUUACCGAGCUCCAGGAAGCAGAAGAAUGCUGGAAAGCUUCCAGCCCUGUGUGGGAAAAGUGGAUCGCGGGCUGGGAGGCAUGGAAGAAGACUGAGGAGAAACGCGCCAAAGUGAAACCGCCAAAAGGAAAGCAGUCUAGUAAUGAUGAAGAGGGACGCUUGUCGCGAACUGAGAGGAUGCAGGAAUCUGCGUCAGUGGAAUCAAGCCCAUAUGAUUCGUUCGACCCUGAUGAGCCACUUUCCGGAUUUCAUUUGGCAGAUAUGAAGUGUCUUCCACGUUCAGAAUUCGAUUCGUAUGCCAAAGAGUUGCGGAGACGAUCCAUCCCUGAGUGGCUCAUAGAUGGUUUGAAACGUGGGAUCGGGGUUCACCAUUCCGGAUUGAAUCGCAAGUACCGCCAAGUGUGCGAGAUCUUAUUCAGAAAGGGUUAUCUCCGGGUCGUCAUAGCCACCGGCACAUUGGCUUUGGGAAUCAACAUGCCCUGUAAGACGGUUGUGUUCUCUGGCGACUCUGUCUUCUUGACAGCACUUGGAUUUCGUCAAGCAGCCGGUCGAGCCGGUCGUCGAGGUUUCGACUUCCUAGGAAAUGUCGUUUUUCAAGGUAUCGCCUAUCCCAAAGUCUGCCGGCUGCUCAGUUCCAAGCUCCCAGAUCUCAAUGGUCACUUCCCGAUCACAACCAGCUUGGUUUUGCGCUUGUUCAUCCUACUCAUCGAGUCUGGCCAGGCUCCGUUCGCCGUGAAGGCCAUCAACUCUGUUCUAUCGUGUCCCCGAAUCUACCUUGGCGGGCCGGAGGCAAAGCACACGGUUCUGCACCAUCUUCGAUUCUCGAUCGAAUACCUGCGACGGAACUAUCUUCUCGAUCAGUCAGGCUCUCCAUUGAAUUUUGCAGGAACCAUAUCCCAUCUCUACUAUACCGAGAACUCGAGCUUCGCAUUUCAUGCAUUGCUCAGCAAGGGCUACUUCCACCAACUCUGUGAAGACGUCUAUCGCAACCCUGAGGUCGUCACACGCACAUUGAUGCUUGUCAUGGCCCAUAUUUUUGGCCGACGCUACCUUCCUCGGAAAACGAUCGAGUUUCACAAAUCCGCUGACAAACAUUCGCCCUCAGUCGUCUUUCUUCCUCCCUUGCCAAAAGGAGCAGCCAAGGCCAUCCGAGCUCACAACAAAUCUACCUUGGAUAUCUACGCAGCAUACGUAACCACGUUUAUCAAACAACACAUCAAAAAAGCAGACUGCACCCUUCCGCUCACACGCCUCAAACAAGGCGGCGACAAAUCCCCAGCAGAGCUCUGUCCAGCUCUGCCUGUCCUCCCUCCAACCCUCGUGAACUCCCCCUUCGUCGCCCUGUCUGGCCACCGCGACACCUGGACCAGUAUCUCCCAGCUGUGCAAGAUGGUCCGCAGCGGCGUCUGGCUCGAGCAGUCUGUCGUGCCAUAUGUGGCCAUCGGCCCUGAGGAAGACCACGCGCCAUUAAAUGCGUACUUGUACGACUUCUUCAGACACGGAAAUGUUCAGGCCCUAGAGACUGGGAACAUGAUCCGCAAAGGUGAUAUCUGGUUUGUGCUGAACGACUUCUCGCUUGUAUUGGCGACUGUUGUGACGAGUCUUGAGAAUUUUCUAAAAUUCGCGCCGAAUACCGAUACAGAUAUGUUGGAUGUCCAGGGGAGUGGGGAUGCGUAUGAUGAGGAGCUUGAUAAGAGAGCUAUGGAGGCUGGGGAUUCCUCGUCUGAUGUCCUUUCCGAAAGUCACCAGAAGGCGAGUCAUCGCAAAAACCAAUCGGGCGGCGGCUCUGCCGUUACUGCUCCGGUCAAAGCUAAGAAAUCGAAAGUGUCUGAGAACUGGGACGAUGAACUGAGUGAUGAAGAGACUUCUGAGAACCCAGAGCUAGACAUCAGCUCCUCCCCAGGCAUCACUGGUCAAUCUAACGGUCGCACCACUGCUUCUAAUUCCGAAAUGUCCGGCACUCAACACGAGGUGCUUGAAGAGCAGCGAUUGUUAAAGGUUUUAACGGGAUUCAGAUUGCUCCAAUCUGAGUUCAAUGGGAAAUUCAAAGCCAUGUGGGCCUAGUAUCAGAGUCAUUUGUUCAAGGUCGAAUUCGUUUGGAUUUGACAUUGUUUGGACCCGAGCCACUUUUUGGUUCAUACCUCGAGAGGUUAUGUUUCUUUCUUAUUAUGUUCUGGAAUGAUCUCUGUUCAACACAAAUUUCAUUUGAAAGAUCUAUUCUGUUCUGUUCUGGCUGAGUAUCGUUAUCAAACUGAUUGCUCAUUUUUGUCCGUUUGGAGUCUGCUCUUUUUGAUUCCAACUAAAGAACAAAUAUCCAUCCACAGUCCUCGCGAGAUUUCUCGAAGGGCUCCGGCGCUUUCAACCUGUGUAGUUAUUUCAAUUAAAAAAUCC